UCUCUGCUCUUCCGUUCCUCCAUGAAUUCCCACCAUCAUUUAUUUCUUCCAUCUUGAACUCCGGUAGCUCAAAAAACUGAUCUCUGUCGUCACUUGUACCUCCAGCCUAUAAAGCUAUAUAGAUAGUGCUGCUUUUACAACUCGCAACCGCAUCACUCAGUCGGUUAUAGGCGGGCCAGAUACCGAUCAAACACAGUACGAUUGAGUUACCUUUAAUUGACAGAAAAAGCAUAUCAUCAUCUGGACUGCAUCUUUCUCGCAGAACAAUGGCGUUCCCAUAUCACAAUGUGACUUUCUGCGGUUUCGGCGGUCAUGUCCCCUUUCUGCACCAAAACCUUCCGCCGUCCACUCCUCCUUUACAAUCAGAGGGCUUGGAGCUGUCUUUGCCCAAACUUUCGAAUCCCCAUCAGGCGCUCAAUCUUGGUUCGACUCUUACGCCCUCAACGGCGGAAGACCGGCCACCCGACUCAACUCAUCACCCGGAAUCUACAUCUGCCUUAUCCAACCAUCAGCCUCCCAUGCACCAUGACGAAGAUCUCAUGAUGAAGCCAAAAAGGAAAAGAGGUCGACCUCGUGGUUCUAAAUCUCGAAUACGAACUACCAGGCCAAGCAGGAAUACCGGUAGGGUCAAAGCGGAAAGUAAAGCGGAGCCACCGAGAAGGAAAGGAGUCAAAGAUCUCCAGAGGUCCAAAGAUGAGGCAAAGAAGCGCGAGCGAAGAAGGAGAGCAUACGAGGCUUGUACUCACUGUCGUUACAGGAGGCAGAAGUGCGAUGAAGGCGUACCUUGCAGUUUAUGCAGGAAGGAUCAAAAGGCUUGCAUUUAUCUAACCAAGCUUCCUACAGAACUGGUCGAAAUGGCCCGCAAGAGGCGUUACAGUCCACAGACAGUCCCCCCGAUCCUUCUCUUCCAUAUGCAGCGCAAAUCAUCGGAGACGGAGAUUCAUCUGCCGACUUCGUCAACUAACACCGCCCUGGAUUUUCCACCUGUCAAAUCCGCUGAGCCGGCUCACACAUCCGUUGGUGAAGACAAUACUGGUGAUUUUAAUGAUAUGGAAGUUGGCAACGCUGUCGUCUCACGUUCAAUCCGAAAGUCAUUCGGCGAGUAUUCAGGCUCUGAACCCGAGUUAAUGACUCCCGCUGCGGCCCCUCGAAUGGAACUCUCAAUGGCCGCUCAUUUGCCGGAUCACUCCCCACCUCAGCUCUGGGAAGCGAACUGCAUUUUCCGAAGGCAGGUUCAGGAGCCUGCCCCCGAGCCCAUCACACUUCCCACUCAGCCGGGUCCUUUGUACGAAUUCAAUCCUGGCGUUUCUUCCGGCUCAAUCAUGGAACUGUUCUCGGACGGUCCACAGGCGCUCAGUGUGGCCGUGGAUGAGUUUGAGUGGUGCACUGAGCCAUCGCGGGCAUCUGCGGUAGACAGUGGAUUGAAUUUGGAUACGAACAUGGUUGCGAGUCCAGGUUUCGAUGACAACUUGAACCAGGGUAUAGACUUCAGUGGAAGCUUGGGUGUAUAUUGGAGAGAGUGAGUAAUGCCUAUAAUUAUUGUGAGAGGGGCGCAUCGCCCGUUCCUUUCUUGAAGAACGUGUUUUACAUGUCUAUAAUCUAAUCUGAGGAGUUUAGUAGUUAGCCAAUAUUUAAUGUUGUAAGACAGAAGAAUUUACCUGUCACAUAUUAUGUUUGUUACCAAUUGUACUGUAAUACAAGUCAUCGUAAUCUAUAAUAAUCAUUCUGUAUAACGUGGAUGUGACACAGCUUAU